GUAUUGACUCGACGGCCUCCACCCCCUCAUAGCGUCAAGUUUGAUAAAAGAUUACUCAAUAUAUGUCUUUAUCUCGGUAGCCUGUGUGGUGUCUGCCACGACGCUCUGACUGUAGAUCUGACAAAGGAAAACAGCAAUGAGUAAAUCCAGGACAAUAGUGCCUCAAAAUUCAACAGAUCGUAUGCUCUUUACCUUUAUGGUAAUUGGCAUACCCUUUGCAGUAGUAUGGUUAGGUUGUGUAGUGUUACCACACUACCAUGACAGCAUCAAUGCCACAGUAGUGCUGCACAUCUUAUCCGCUUUAUUCAUUCUCUACAAUAUCUUCCACAAUAUACUACUUGUCAUUAGAACGGAUGCAAGUGGUCGCACCUCUUAUUUACCUUCAGUCCUUAAACCAGGAUGGAGAUAUUGUGCAAUCUGUCAAGUGAACUAUCCUCCAAGAUCUUACCAUUGCCACAUAUGUGAUGAAUGUAUUCUCAAGAGAGACCACCACUGCAAAUUUACAGGGUGCUGUAUUGGCUACCACAACCAUCGUUACUUUUUGAUUGGAAUUCUGUAUGUAUUUGUAGGAGCACUUUAUGGCAUUUAUUAUCAAUGGGACUAUGUCUAUAGCACUAUUAACCUGCCAGUUAUGUACUUCUUUAUGACUCUUUUAGUACCUCACUUUGCUCUUCUCUUUGGUGCAAUAAGCUUGUGGGGCGUUCUUGUGGCUACACUUCAUACCUUGGGCCUUCUUACACUCUCAAUGGUGUCAUACCUACUUCUUACACAAGUGAAGGCCAUUUGCCUUGGUCAAACCCAGUACGAGAUGAAGCAUGGCAUUCACGAUUAUAACCUCAGUCUUUACCAAAAUUUGGUUGAUGUCUUGGGAAGGAGGUGGAAAAUAGCAUGGGUAUCUCCUUUUAUUAGUUCUCCUCUCAAGGGAGAUGGAAUCAAUUUCCUGAAAGCUAAUGAGUAUGAGCCUCCUAAAGAUAUUUAAUAUUAUUCGAUAGUACUUGUAAGGUAAUAUGCAGUCACUUCUCCAGCCCAUAAAUUUGUGAAGGUGAUGAACAUCAAUGUAAAUGUUGAACUGCUAAAUGAAUUAACUAGUGAAGAUAGUAAUUAGAAAAUUGGUAAUGAUGGUUGUACAAACAAUCCUAGAGUAUAUGUGUGGCCUUUGUGUGUCCAGUUGUAGUGUUAUUUAUAGUGAUAACUUUAGUUAAAAGCGAGACUAUAUGUUCUUCCAAGAGUUGGUGGUUGUUAUAUUAAAAAGAGCACUUGUAUUGUUGGAUAAUUUUGAUCUAUUGGCAGGCAUAUCUGUCAUUGACCUGUCAUUUAGACAGGUCAUUGAUAAAGUCUUGUACUUCCAGUAGCAUUCCUUUGUGGCCUUGUAAUCAAUUUUAUCAGAUGCAGUCCAUGAACUGUUAGAAACAACUGUGCUUCCAGUGGACAAUUCUGACCAUUAUAAUUCAGUAAAACUUGCAGCAUUCAUCUUCGUGAUAAGGCUUGUACAAAGUUUUGAUACUUCUUAUUUCUUCGUCGCCAUUUUAUAUUUUUGUUUAUAUAUCAUAGGCGCAUUUAAUUUAUUUUAAUUUGUGUAUGUUUCUUUGUGUGGUUUGUGUGUGUGUGUGGUUUGUGUUUACUUAUCUAAUUCUAAUUACUUAAGUGUAAUUGUGGGAUGAGAGCUAUGCUUAUGGUGCCCAGUUUUCCAAUAGGUACUUGUUGUCAUAUGUUGGUUUGAAACUACUGAUAGUUUUUGGCAUCCACCGCCUUCUCACCUAACUUGUUCCAACCAUAUACAACUCUUUCACAAAAAGAUAAAUUUAUUAUAUUUUCUGUUGGGAGCCCCAACGGCUCCCUGGAGCUAUCUCACUGAUAUUAGCUAUAUUAAUCUGGGUUUCAGGCGAUUACAGUUCAGCCAACCAGGGACCACGAACCAGAACCUGUCCCCCUCAGAGAGGCGCAGGAAACAAUGACCUAAGGAAAACCCCACUGUUUUUGGAGGUAUUUUAAUCUGCCAUUGACUGUGGUUCGGCACUCAGAAAGAUAGGUGUCCCAAAACAAACCCCAUCUGGUAGAAAUUGCAACCCAAGAAUGAACAGAGACCCAGAACUCCCUUUAAAAGAAACAAAGAAACAAGCAAAUAUCAUCAGCCCGGCAUGCCAUUUGUUCGUGCAGCUCCCCUUUCCCAGAAUGGUGAUGGGGAAAGCCCCAGACCCCUGCCCCAGCGGCAGGGGUCUGGGGAUCUCCAGUUCGUAGACUGAAGCCAGCUGGGUUGGUUGUAGACUCUUGCCUCAGUUUUCCUGCUAGGAAUUUGUGCCCUAGUGGUGUUUCCUGCUGAGUGUGGUGCAGUGGCCAGUAGAAAUAAAAGUGCUGGGGCUGCAUGCGCUUUGGGUUCUCUUCCCCGAGUGUCC